CGGGAAGGGGCGAGAAGCCGGCGGCCGAGGCCCAGCUGAGACGUUGCGGGUGUGGCCCGGACCCCGGCGGUGGAGCGCUCCCGCUAAAGGGUGAUCUGCUAGACAAAAAUCAAAAAGAGGAAAUUUGCUAGAAUCAAAAAUGAUGGAUCCAUGUUCAGUUGGAGUCCAGCUUCGUACCACAAAUGAGUGUCAUAAAACCUACUAUACUCGUCAUACAGGUUUCAAGACUUUGCAAGAAUUGUCAUCAAAUGACAUGCUUUUACUUCAACUUAGAACUGGAAUGACACUUUCUGGGAACAAUACAAUUUGCUUCCAUCAUGCAAAAAUUUACAUCGACAGAUUUGAGGAUUUGCAGAAGUCAUGUUGUGACCCAUUUAACAUACACAAAAAACUAGCCAAAAAAAAUUUACAUGUAAUUGAUUUAGAUGAUGCCACUUUUCUGAGUGCAAAAUUUGGAAGGCAGCUUGUACCUGGUUGGAAACUUUGUCCAAAAUGUACACAGAUAAUCAAUGGAAGUGUGGAUGUUGAUUCUGAAGACCGGCAGAGAAAAAAACCUGAUUCAGAUGGAAGAACUGCUAAAGCUCUGAGGUCAUUACAAUUUGCAAACCCAGGAAAGCAAACUGAAUUUGCUCCAGAAACUGGUAAAAGAGAAAAAAGAAGGCUUACAAAAAAUGCAGCUGCUGGUUCAGACAGACAAGUGAUCCCAGCGAAGAGUAAGGUCUAUGAUAGCCAGGGUCUCCUGAUUUUCAGUGGAAUGGACCUGUGUGACUGCCUCGAUGAAGACUGCUUAGGAUGUUUCUAUGCUUGUCCUGCCUGCGGUUCUACCAAAUGUGGUGCCGAAUGCCGCUGUGAUCGCAAGUGGCUAUAUGAGCAAAUUGAAAUCGAAGGAGGAGAAAUAAUUCAUAACAAACAUGCUGGAUAAUUUGUGGUAUCAAAUUACGGGAUCUUUAAAGUUCCUUUCUCUAUUUCUAAAAUUCUAAGGUACCUUUUAAAGUUGAUUGCCAAGUGACAAACAUGCACUCAGUGUGCACUAAUGUUGCUUUUAGGGUGCUUUAAGAUAAAUUAUUUGAUGUAAAGUUUGAUGAACUAUUUAUUACUCAGCAGUCAGCUUCAAGCCUGUCUGGGUCAAUGUAAACAAGCAGUGUAUAGGCAGUCCUCAAUUUGCACAAUUCCCAGGUCCACAAAUUUCAAUGACAGUGAUUUAGUUAAAUAAGCCAGUUCCCUAACAGCACAGUUCAAAUUUCAGUCACCAUGGUAUAUUAAUUGUGAGUAUUCACAUGAAGUACAAACUUCCUUGCUAGCUCUUAAGUCCACAAAUCACUAUGCAAGUAACAGAUGUGCUUCAAGAUCAGUGAUCAAUCACGUUACUUCUCUCAAAUUCUGCUAGUGAUUGGUCACUGCACAUCUGUUACUCAGUUUGCUCAGACAGCCAAGCACAGAGUUGUGUUGACUCCUGCCACCCAUGUGACAUUUUACAAAGUGGAUAAUCAGAAUUGGCCAACAAAGAUGAAAGUGCAGUGAAGAAAUGAAAAUGAUAAUGCUAGAAGUGUGACUUGAACAUAAAUAGAGUUGUAGAAGAAAUCACUGAUCAUGGGAAUGUUGACACUGCUGCUAUUCUAGAGCCUCUAGAUAUGCAGCUAGAGGAACUCAGUGAAGGCAAACUUAUCAUCAUAAAUGAGAAAAGGAGGAACAUGUCCCAGAGGAAGUGAUGGUAACAAACUUCACAUUAAAGGAAAUUACAGAGGUAUUUCACAACAUUGAAAGCACAAACGAUGAAAUGGUGGAAGCUAAUCUAAACUUAAAGGAGUCUGACAACUUGCAGUGGUAUAGAAAAGAUGCUUACCCAGUACCAUAAAUUAUUUGACAAAAAGGCAAGUACUAUUGCUCCUGAUUAGUUUUUUAUAAUGAAAUAACACUUUAAUUCUCAGUGUUUCUAAUAUAAAUUACAGUGUACUAAGUAAAUACUUUUUUACAAUUUUUUCAUUUUCUUUUACGUUUAUAACUGACACUUUUUAAUAUUUUGACAGAUUUUUUUCAAGGUCACAGAACAAUAAUAAUUUUCCCCAUUAAUUAUUAAGAUUGCUUUGAUUGCCAUUUUUAUGGUCCCACACUACCUCCCAGGCAAGGCAAGGACUACCUAUAGGUGAGAAUAGUACCUACUUCAGGAAAAGUUAAUUUUGAUACAGCUAAGUAGUUGAACUAUUUUGGAAGUAAUCUACAUAACUAAGUGCUAAAAUACAUCAUUUCUUCUCUCCACUUAUUCUUUUAAAAAAAGUUUUAAUACUGUAAACCUUUCAUUGCUUAGACUGUGUUCUUGGUGAAAAUUUGUGCUUGGUGGCAAAAAUCUUAUUCUUUCUAUGUAUAAAACAUGGAUAUACAUACAAUAUAUAAGCAGAUGUGCAUUAUAUCAGUGGUAUUUCAAUUUAAUAGGGUGUUGACUAGGAUUAAAAGGGCUAAAAACAGCUCCUUAAUGGAGUAAUAAUGAAAAAAGGUGGAGAAACACUGGUUGAGACAGAGUAUAAAUUAUUUGGAAAUUGAUUGAAUCUUGACGUUGGAAUGUGUAUGGGUACCCUCUGGAGGGUGGGGGUGGGUGGUAACUUCUCUCUGCUCUUUUUUUCAAGACAGCUAUCCGUCAGUCUGUCUAAAAUUUUUUAUUGUCUAGGACAUGGCCUCUAAACUAGCUUUUUGUUUUCCUUAAGUAUAGUACUUUAAUCAGAUGAGCUUUUAGCAACUUGAAAUACUUUUAGCUGUUGAAAAUAGAUUUAUACAGCCAAUUGGAUGAAUUGACCAAAAGAGGUUUAUUUUUACUCCUGUAUACUUUUGGUAUCUGUUUAAAAUGACUGGUUUUACUUUGAUGGAGUGCCAUUUUCAACCAUGGAAUUAAAAUAUCAUUUUUAAGUUAUAAGUGUUUACCGACCCAAUUAUUAGAAGUACAGUUUAUCAAUUCCUUGACUGAUAUGUUUAAACAGAGCACUGACAAAAAGAAUAUUUUGGCUUUCUGUACUUAAAUCAGAUGCUAGAUUCUUUUUUUUCCUGAAUUAAGGAAAUAUUUUGUCACAGAAGAGACGAACACAGGCUCUUAAUUUUAUCUGAACUUCUAGGUUAUUAGACCUUCUUAGUUGAGUUACUGCCAUCAUUUUUUUUGCUUCUAAAUAUGACUUAGUGUAUUGCUUAAGCUCUUCAUAGGGACAAGUUAAAAU